AUGCCUCAAGUGUACAGUGGAAUUCAGAAUCUACCUGUAUCAGUAGGAGGUUUGGGCCAAGAGAGACCCAAAUUUAGCCGAGAUGACUUCCCCUCCGACUUUGUUUUCGGUGCCGGAACUUCAGCUUAUCAGGCUGAAGGUGCGGUAGCAGAAGACGGAAGAUCACCCUCUGUGUGGGAUAUCUUCACUCACCAAGGAAAAAUGCCGGACAAAAGCACGGGAGAUGAAGCAGCAAAUGAGUACCACAAAUACAAGAAGGAUGUGAAGAUCAUGAGUAACAUAGACCUUGAAGGCUAUAGAUUCUCUAUAUCUUGUAUGGCUAUCUUGUUUGGCAUAUAUAUAUACCGAGAGGAAUUGCUAUAUUUGCUGGUGGCAGAUGGGAGAGGAGAAGUUAAUCCAAAAGGCCUGGAGUACUACAACAAUCUGAUCAAUGAAUUGAUUUCCCACGGGAUUGAACCAUACGUUACGCUUUACCAUUUGGAUCUUCCCCAAAUACUGGAGGAUGAAUUUGGAGGAUGGUUGAGCCCCAAGAUUGUGGAUGACUUCACAGCCUAUGCAGAUGUCUGCUUUAGAGAGUUUGGUGACAGGGUCUCCUACUGGACCACCAUCAAUGAGCCCAAUAUCAUGGUUAUCGCAUCCUAUGACACCGGAUUAUUCCCUCCCCAGCAGUGCUCGUUUCCCGGUGGUGUCUUCAACUGCUCAGUCGGCAACUCCUCUGUGGAGCCCUACACUGCAAUGCAACACAUUAUGCUAGCCCACGCAUCAGCUGCUGCAUGGUACAGACAAAAAUACCAAGCCAAACAAAAUGGUUGGAUAGGCUUAAACAUGUACGGCUUCUGGUGUAGACCUAUGACAAACUCCAUAGCAGACGCUAUAGCAUCGCAAAGAGCUAUAGAUGUCGUCAAUGGUUGGGUUCUCRAUCCCCUGGUGUUCGGAGAUUACCCUGUGACCAUGAGGAAGAKAGUUGGGACAAGGCUCCCAUCCUUCACUAAAAGCCAAUCUCAACUUGUAAAAGGGUCAUCAGAUUUUAUUGGUUUGAAUCACUACUUCACAAUUUACAUUCAAGAUGACUCCAACAAAUCGACCAUAGGACCUCCAGACUUCAAUCUAGACAUGGCUGUAAAGUUUUCAGUGAAUAAAGAUAGCACAGCCUCGAGUCAGUUCUCACCAGAUUCUCCGACCUUCAACCCAGAUGGCUUGCAGGAAUUGCUUCAAUAUUUCAAGAACUAUUAUGGCAACCUUUCUGUUUACGUUCAAGAAAAUGGUUAUGGCGCGCCAGGAAAUGAGACGCUUAACGACACUGCCAGGAUAGAUUACAUUAAAGGGUUCAUGGAAAGCGUGCUUAAUGCCAUAAGAGGGUACUUUGUUUGGUCAUUCUUAGACGUGUUUGAGGUUCUUAGUGGAUAUCAGACUCGGUACGGGCUUGUUCAUGUGGACUUCCAGGAUAAGGAGUUUAGGAGACGACCCAAGUUAUCAGCUCAGUGGUACUCCAAUUUCCUCAAGAACAGAAGCAUGGAAAUAGGGAGGAUGAGGGCCAAAUCCUAUUCUUCAGAGUAGUUAUUUUGCUUAGCGUGUAUGGUUACUGCAACUAAAAGAGUCCAUUAGAGAAUCAUAUGGAACCACACAGC